CAAACAGAGGCUACAUAAACGAAGUACGGGAGAAAAUAUCAGCAUUAAACAAUGUGGAUUUCGAGCGUUUGUUGUCAAUGUUGGGGAUAUGCGACGUGAGUGAAGACGAAGCGCUGCAGUUGUUGGCCUGUAAGCUAUCGGUAGAUGGUUUAAAUAAUUUGCGAAAUGCCUUAAGGCAUGUUCCUAAAAAUAUAACGCGUGUUGUAAAUGGAAUUCCAUUGCGAGCAAGCCUGAUUCACAAGUUAUUUACAACUACGACUACGACAAGGAUACUGUCUAUCGAAGAACUGUCGAUGUGUAUCAAAUUUAUGGAGACAUUUUGCGCUGUCUUUGUUGGCCAAACAGAUUCCGACGAGCACUUAUGGCGGCUUACAAACACUGAGGACUUCUCAUACAAUAAAUUUUUAACUCCACCAGUCUCAAUGUGCAUUUCAUGUGAAAAUAAUUUAACGAUUAGGAACAACCCAUCAAAGGCGAAGCUAUUUACUCUCGAAGGUCCUGUUCCAUGCACUAAAAUCACGCUAGAAUGCAGAGGAUGUGCUCAUGUGUAUAGUGUAUGUAACUACACUGAUAAAUCUGGCACACAUUUCUAUCCACAUGUGGUAGAACUGGUAGAGAUCAGUGAUGUGACUUAUAUGGAUGUCAAGUUAUACAAGUGGUUUCCAGCUCUCAGGUUUGUGUGUUAUUAUAUAUUAUGUCUACUUAGAUAAAACAUGAGCAACCGUUUUGUCUUUGAUGAAAAUGUUCGUAUUCUUCCAUAAUUAUGUAAAUCAGGACAAAAUCUGUAUCCGAUUUACAGAUAUUAAAUAUGUAUUUAUUUUGUGUUUUCUUCUAGCCUGCGAGCAGGCUCUCUGGGUGAAAGAGAGCCUGCAAGGAUCCCUAUGAUAUUUUAUUAUUAUAUAUGCAUGCGUCCAAUAUUUGGACGCAGAGCUCUGAUUGGUUGAUAACUGAUUCAAAUGAAGUGAUUGACAAGCUUCCAUAAACUACACUUCCCGUUUGUAAAACUGAGCAACGCAAAGCUUCGGAAUUGCAACAAUGUAGAGAUAAAAGUGUCAUGUAUUUUGUAUCCUUGCCUUUUACAGUAAAAUAAUAUAGUAUUCAUAUAAAGACGAAUACUAAAAGCUUGCAUGCUUUAUUGUGUCCUGGGCUUGUCUGACUUCUAGGCUAAGAAAAGACUGAACAAAUUCGCAGACCGAAACCUAGGGACAAGGCAUUUAUAUAUAGCUUCUCUUUCAUGAAACAAUAUGAAACAAUAUUUUGAGAAUUAUUCUGAUAAUAUUCAGUGCAUAUUGUUUGUAUUAAGCUUGUUUUACAAUGUUAUACUGACUAUUUAAUAUUUAUAAGUAUGCAGCGUUAAAAUGUACAGUAAUUUACUCGUCACUUUGUUUACAAUAAUUAUCACAUGCAUGUUUAAUACUGUAAUUCCACCUUUUGUUGCAAAAUUUGAACUAUAUUACACUGUAAAAUCUCAAGCCGUUUUAACUUUUUUAGUAUGCCCCAGUGGCGGUCUGUAUACGAAACUAUAUAAAUGCCUUUAAAUGGAGUUCAACGUUUAUCGGUUUAUGUUUACAUCAUUUAAGUGUAUUUCCGGUCUGCGCUGAUUGGUUGAUAUUAAUUGACCUGUGACAAUCUAAUUGAAAGGCGGCGGCGGCAUGCAAUCAUCAUAGGGAUCCUUGCAGGCUUUCUUUCACCCAGAGAGCGAGCAAGGCUAGUUUUCUUCAUGAACUAUUAAGGAGUUUCACAAAUCCAAAGUGGUUAAUAUUUUCCCCUUAUAACUAAAAUUUUGAUCUAGACAUUUUUGAUCUAGACAUAUAUUUCAGAACUUGAGUCUAGUUCCUUCGAUAUCAGUGUAAUCUAAUAAUCAUGGUAUUUGUUGGUUGGCACAGUUGGCUAAGUUGGCAGAGCAUUGGGAUAGUAUUCCAAAGGUUGUAGGUUCGAAUCCCACCGUGGCCAGGUAUAUUUUUUAAGCCUGCAGUGCCCGGUAUGGAUACCCACUCAGAGUAACAUCACAAGCAUCUUAUUCACCUGAGUACAUUACACCAACACAACAAAUAUCAAAUGUUUAAAUUCUUAUAUUCCACUUGACAACAGGCUCACACUAGAGCUUGCACAUAUGACCUUCGACUUCCUUCCCACGUAAUGACUCAGGCAAAAGAACAUUUCUUUAUAGUGCUUCCAUUCUUUUUAAUGCCUUCAACAGUGAAUGUAAACAACUUGCCAUUUCACUCUCAUGCUCUUAUGCUUCACAAACUUCUUAAUAAGCAUAACCUUACUAACCAUCUUGAAGACCUGUUUUGUAAAAAUUGUAAAUGCUUACUAAAUUGUAAAUGUAUUCUUUACUAACCAAUUUUGUUCUCAUAUGUAAAUAACAGUAAUCUUACCUUUUAUUGUUUCUAAAUAUUGUAAACAUUGUGAGGGCCGUUUGUUAGAUAAUUAUUUUGUGGUUAAUAUGUUUCCCUUGUGAAGUAAAGUUUUUAGUUACUGACUUAUUGUAUUUUAAUUUUGCAGGUGUUCUGCCUGGUGAACUACCAGCUAAAGCAUUAGCUAAGUGUUUUUGGCACAGAGAAGUGGAGGAAGAACUAGCCACACUUGGUUUAAGGGGGAAAUGGGUGUUGUCAAAGGAACCUGGUCCAUUAUCUGGAAGCUAUGACCAUGCAAUGGAAAUGGUUGACAAAAUGCGCAGUUGUCAAUUAUAUUUACAUAAUUGUACAGAUCAUUGCAAAAGCAAAGCUAUAAUAAAAACAAAGAGUGUACCAUCACAGGAUACCAGCAUGUGUUUUAAUUUUUUUUUGCAUUUUAAUUUGUCUGUGUAGGUUGUGGUCAAUUGUAUGUCGCAGAUGGGAAUUGGAAACUCCGGUAUGCGCACUGCAUGUGGAAAAUUUGGCCCAAUCAGUUACCCAAAUAUCUGUCCAUUGUCACCAAAGCGUGGACAAGCGUUUUGUGAAUCGCACUGUGCUAAAGCAUACAAGUUAGGAGUGCCAACUGGACUUAGAGACUUUUACAAAUAUUGUGGUGUGACUGGUGCAGCAUGUACAUGGUCAUUAGUGUAUGACUUCCAUGUCAUAGAACUUAGUAAAUAAUUGUGUUUCAUGUUUGUGCUGUUUUGUAUUGUACUGUAUUGUAUUGUAUUGUGUUCUAUUUUAUUGUUUUGUAUAGUUUUAGAAUGGUAAGCACCUUGCAUGGGACUUUAUGUUUCGUUCUUGUUUGAUAUUGUCCAUUUGGGUAUUCUACUUAUUUCUAUAUAGAACUGCUGUGUUUAAAACGUUGUAGAAUUCUCAAUAAAAUUGUUAAAAAAUCAUCUGGCAUUAAACAGAGUAAAAUUGUCUGGCAUUAGCAAGAGUAAAAUAACACAGUAGGGCACAUCAGAGUGCAUUGUCACUCAAAGGGUUAAAAUUAUAUUUAUAUGUCCUGCAUACAUUUUGUUGUGCUGUGCUGUGUGGUAAUGUUUUGCAAGCAGUAAAAUAAAUUUGUUCUACAGGCAGUACAAGGUGUAUAAAAAAGUGGACAAUGUGGAAACACCUCUCAAUUUUACAAAUCCGUCCAUGUUAUGAAAUUUUUGUUAAAUUUAGAUUGUUUGGGUACUUAUAAUAUAGUUAUAACAAAAAGGUUUGGCUAUAUAGUGACUAUAAUUAAUUAAAUAUAAAAAACUUUUGACCGAGCUUGCCGUUCGAGUAUAUGGUAUAGGCACUUUUUGUUUGACUUAGCAUUUUUUUCUUAGUCACUAUACAGCUGGCAGUUUACUAAAUAGCUGGCUGCCAGCUGUAUAGUCACUUCGAAAUUUAAAUGUUUACUCAAUAAUUGUGAAUGAAAUUUUUUUCAUAGUUGCUAUGAAACAAAUGCGCAGAUACAUGUAUGCCUAUAGCGUACCUAUUUUUCUUCACCCUUGUAUAACUAUAUUUAUUUUACUUAUACAGGUUUUGUAGUGCCAUAUUAGAUUUUGAUUUGUGAUGUUUGUAAUUUAGUAUACCUAUGCAUCGAGGUUAUUGCUUUCUCUAUUUAAAUGUUUGUGUAUCUGUUUAUUUGUUUGUGCCUGUAAGUACAAUAACUCAAAAAAUAUAAAACAGGAAUGGGGGGGGGGCUAAUAAUAUGUGUGUCAGUUAUUAUAAUUAGUAUUAUUUACUUUACAGCCCUUGAAGAGCUUUCAACGCGUGCCACUCUUACAGGUACAUGAUGUUUCUACUUAAUAAAUAACACACCAGCACAGUAUUUCCAGGUUUCCAUAAAUUUGUAGGCUUUUUGGCAUUUUUAGAAUCCUCUCAUGGAAGUAUAAUAUCUACUUGUCUGGACAAUAUUUGUUCAACUGAACAAGAUGUUGAUGAAUGCAAUGCUUCUACAUUCCAAGGUCAGUAUUAUGUAAAAACAAAUACUACCUAACAACAAUAUGAAAUAUAUGUAGUUACACUGUUUUUUAUUUCUGACUUGAAGGAACAACAGAGUUUUUACAAACCAACCCAAGCUUUGUUGGAGAUCAAUCACUAAGUGAUGAGACAUCCUGCAAUAAAGACACUGGUGGUCUGAAGGCAUUCCACAGUUUGUCAUUGUAA